CUUGCCUGGAGAAUCCCACAGACAGAGGAGCCUGGCGGGCUACAGCCCACAGGGUCAUAAAAAGUCAGAUACCACUGAAGCGAUUUAACGCAUGCACACCCCAAUACUUACUCAUUUAAUCCUCACAAUAAUCCAGUGAGGCAUCAUCCUUAUUUUACAGAUCAGGAAACUGAUUCCCAGAAAGAUUAAGUUAUUUGCCCAGGGUCACAUGGCCACCAAGUGGCAGAGUCAGGAUUUGAACCCAUGAAGUGUGGCUACAGCACACACCUAACUAGCACGGGUGCUGUCAGGCCUGGGAAGGGGUUGAGUCGGGCGUGGUCCCUGUGAGAGAGACAGCCCCGACGGUGACCAGAGACCGGGGACCGAGAGGGUUCUCUGGAGCUAGAAGGGACUGGGGGAGGGGGCGGCGUCAGGGAGCCAUGCGUUGGCGGGGCGUUUGCGUGGACAUCUGUACGGUGUCUCUAAGUCUCCUGGCACUCAAGUGUUUGUGUGAGUGCAAAUGUAUGCGAGUCUGGGCGAAGGUGUGGGAGAGGGAGUGUGCGUGAGUCUGCGUGGGAGUCUGUGAGUAUAUGUGUGAAUGUGUGUGUAAGCCGCCGUGUGUGGGUGUGUGCGAGCCCAGGUGUGCAUGCGUGAGUGUAGACCCAUGUGCGAGACUCCGAGGUGUGCACGGGUGAGCGUGCGUGAGUGGCUAUGCGUGCCUCGGGCCCCACCUCUGACCGGCUUCCCGGUGGGGUCCCGCCAGCCCCAGGCGGGGAACUACCACUCCCAGCAUGGCCCGAGCGGGCCCGCCCCGCCGCCCUGAUUGGCUGUGGCCCCGGUGCUCCCGCCCCCCGGGAAUGAAUGGAUGGGCGGCCUCAGCGCCCGCCCGAGCGCUGGGAGGACCGGCCCGGCGGGGACCUGCUGGGGGCAGGACCCGGGGAGCAAGAUGGCCACGGUCAUCCCCGGCCCCCUGAGCCUAGGCGAGGACUUCUACCGCGAGGCCAUCGAGCACUGCCGCAGCUACAACGCGCGUCUGUGCGCCGAGCGCAGCCUGCGCCUGCCCUUCCUCGACUCGCAGACCGGCGUGGCCCAGAACAACUGCUACAUCUGGAUGGAGAAGACCCACCGCGGCCCGGGUUUGGCCCCCGGACAGAUCUAUACGUACCCGGCCCGCUGUUGGAGAAAGAAACGGAGGCUCAACAUCCUGGAAGACCCCAGACUCCGGCCCUGCGAGUACAAGAUCGACUGUGAAGCACCACUGAAAAAGGAGGGUGGCCUCCCUGAAGGGCCAGUCCUUGAGGCUCUCCUGUGUGCUGAGACAGGGGAGAAGAAGAUAGAGCUGAAGGAGGAGGAGACCAUUAUGGACUGCCAGAAACAGCAACUGCUGGAGUUUCCUCAUGAUCUUGAAGUGGAAGACCCAGAGGAUGACAUGCCCAGGAGGAAGAACAGGGCCAAAGGAAAGGCAUACGGCAUCGGGGGGCUCCGGAAACGCCAGGACACCGCUUCCCUGGAGGACCGAGACAAGCCGUAUGUCUGUGAUAUCUGUGGGAAACGGUAUAAGAACCGGCCAGGGCUCAGCUACCACUACACCCACACCCACCUGGCUGAGGAGGAGGGGGAGGAGAACGCCGAACGCCACGCCCUGCCCUUCCACCGGAAAAACAACCAUAAACAGUUUUACAAAGAAUUGGCCUGGGUCCCUGAGUCACAGAGGAAACACACAGCCAAGAAGGCGCCUGACGGCACCGUCAUCCCCAACGGCUACUGCGACUUCUGCCUGGGGGGCUCCAAGAAGACAGGGUGUCCUGAGGACCUCAUCUCCUGUGCUGACUGUGGGCGAUCAGGACACCCCUCGUGUUUACAGUUCACGGUGAAUAUGACGGCAGCCGUGCGCACGUACCGCUGGCAGUGCAUCGAGUGCAAGUCCUGCAGCCUGUGUGGCACCUCGGAGAACGACGGUGCCAGCUGGGCGGGUCUCACCCCCCAGGACCAGCUGCUGUUUUGUGAUGACUGCGAUCGGGGUUACCACAUGUACUGCCUGAGUCCCCCCAUGGCGGAGCCCCCAGAAGGGAGCUGGAGUUGUCACCUCUGUCUUCGGCACCUGAAAGAGAAGGCGUCUGCCUACAUCACCCUCACCUAGGCCUGGCUCGGGCUUGCCCGGACCUCUGGGGUGAUGCCUGCCUACCUGCCUCUCCUCUCGGAGCUCCUCCACUCUCUCCCCUUCCUUAAUGCCCCACAGUGGGAGGGGCGGGGGGAGCCAGAGAGGGGGCCGGGCCACCCCCUCCCCUCUGUGCAAGUGGAAUGUUUGCCCUGUGGGUUGGUGGGCCCAGCAGGGUCCUCUCCCUCCUCCCUCCUUCCUCACCCCCUUGGCAAAUGGGUACCAGGGCCUUCUGCUCCCCUCAAAGCCAUACCCCGCCUCUAGGCGGGCACGAGGGGUGGUGGAUGCCGGCUGGGGGCAUGGACAAAGCCUUUUUCUAAAGAAAAAGUCAAAAACUUAAAAAAAAAAGAAAGAAAUUAAUAUAUAACAAAGAGUCCUAUAAGGUCUGGCUGGGUGGAGGGGGCACUGCUGAGCGCAUCUACUGGGCACCAGUCUACGCCAGCGUCCUGCCUGGCAGCCCCUCCCCCAGCCCCUGGAGUUGCAGCUGUCCCACCUCCCCACUCAAGACGGGCACCAUCCCCUCCUUGUGCCCCGGGCUGGGGGGUGUGGUGUUCACCCCUCACCCCCUCUCGGUGCCCACCGUGGAUACUGCAUGACGACGUGAACCAUGGUUUUGAAUUCCGUUCCUGCUCCCUCCCCAAGAGCCCUGCCCGCCCGUGCCCACUCCGUGCCUGCCGGCCUUGGCUGGCCGUUGCCGGUGGGGCAAGGCGGGCCCCUGCCCAGCGUCUGCUGGAAUGAGAAGCACAGACUUUGCAACGGACUAGAUUCUCCCCCUUCCCCUCCCUGCCCCACCCUUGCCACCCUCGCUGGCCACUUUCGGGUCGCGAGGGGGCGUGGUUGUUUCUUGUGGUUGUGUGUGUUUGUUGUUCGGGUUUAAAAAAAAAAAAGGGAAAUCGAGACUGCAAGUGGGGGAAGUGGUGGGCUUGGGGGAGUCUCCCCCCCAAUCCAGGCGUGCCCACCCCCCCUUGUUAACGAGUCUCCUUUAUUGCCUGCCUCUGCUGUGAAUUAACUUGUUCUGUGUAUUAAAGUGGGGCUGACCCCUCUGCCUACGUCGUCGGCUUCGUUCUCCAGGCUGCUUUGGGGCGUCGCGGAGAAGGGGAGAUGGGGCCUCGCGAGGGGAGAAGCAACCGAGGCCUCUCUGCUGGAAUCCAUCUUGGCUAAGAGAUGCUUGGGCACACAGGAGAGGAGCCUGGGAUAAACCAAAGAGGGACUCGGAACCAGGCAAUGCAAGAUGACUGGCCAGAGGAACCCUGAAGAAAUGCCCCGAAAAAG